AAUUCAAUGCCUCUUUCUCUUUCACCCUCUCUUCCUCCCAAACCAAAUUCAAGAAAGAGAAAGGGAACCCUCUUUCUCUUUAUCACACAAACUACUCCAACUUGCAUUACAAAAAUAUUAACCCAAAACCUCACACAUAUACAUAUACAUGUUUGCACGAACCCCUUUAACAUACCAUCCAUCGCAUACCUAAUAUCUAUAGGUUCGGUGGAGAGCAGAGAAAUUAAGAUAAAUAAAUUUUUAUUAUUUUUAUUAUAUGUUUUCUUUUAUCAACUGAAAAUGCCUUGUUCUCUUCAGCUCCACCGUUUCAACCCCGCAACUGACGCAUCAACCGCCAUUGCUAACGCCGUUAACUACUCCAAACAGACGCCGUCAACGCGCCCUCUCGUGCCAGACGCGGUAUCUCGCCAUCACGGGCACGUGGUGGGGCCCAACCAGUGCUGCUCCGUCGUGAUCCAACCCAUCGACGCGCCCGUGUCUAGGGUGUGGCCCGUGCUUCGGCGCUUCGACAACCCGCAAGGUUACAAGCACUUCGUCAAGAGCUGCCACGUGGUCGCCGGCGACGGCAUUCGCGUCGGCGCCCUACGCGAGGUCCGCGUCGUGUCCGGCCUCCCCGCCGGGUACAGCACGGAGCGCCUCGAGAUCCUCGACGACGAGUGCCACGUCAUCAGCUUCAGCGUUGUUGGCGGGGACCACCGCCUGAGGAACUACCGGUCGGUGACGACUCUGCACCGUGACGGUAACGAGGAGACAGUGGUCAUCGAAUCGUACGUCGUUGACGUACCGCCGGGAAACACUAAGGAAGAGACUUGCGUUUUCGUUGACACAAUCGUACGGUGCAAUUUACAGUCCCUGGCUCAGAUCGCUGAAAACAUUGCAAGUCAACACUGAACACUUUUUUAUUUCUUUUUCUUUUAUCUUUGUCUUUUUUCCCUUUGUUUCAAUGGGUUAUGUUCUGUAUAUUUUUGUUUCGAAUACGGGUUCGGGUGUUUUAUCUUGGACAUAGAUUGAUCCAUGGCUCGUAUUGGAAAUUGGUGGUUGGAUAUACUAUUAGAAUUUUUUUAAGGACUCAAGGUCAGACCGCAAUGGUUGAAUGAAUGUGAUGAUAUAUAUAAUAUAUAUGAUAUGAUAAGAUGAUAUUAUGUUCAUAUAUAUAAUAUAUAUUUGUAGUUCUAUCUCUUCUUCUAUUUUUUCCAUUUGCCGUUUAGUCUGAUUCAGGAGUGCUGGUACUUGUUUUACACCAAAUCAAUGGUCGUUCGUUAUAUCUGUAGUUAAUUAGCUAGGGUUCAUCUUGCUUUGUGUAAAUGGUUUUUAAGUUGUAUCAGAGAAUUUAAUGGAAUACAUAUAUAGUAUUAAAU